UCGCUAAAGAGGGCAGGGGAGACAAGAGCGCGGCGGCCCGUGACGCAUCUAGCAUUUGUUUACUGAAGUCCUUUUAAGCGGAAUAAUCGUCCACUCAACGUUUAUUUAUGAUCAUAGGAAUCCUCGGGUGUUUUUACAGGUAUCUGUUCUCUUUAUUUUGCACUUAAAUACAGAACUUAACGUUAAAAAAGUCGGCGUGAAAAGUGAGCGAACGUGUCCAACCCAGCGGAGAGGAUUCCAGCAACAUGAGAGGAGGCUCGUCUUAUGGAGACAGGGGCAGAGACCGCGGGCGAGACAGGCCACGGUUUGGGGCCACGGGUGGUCGAGGUGGACCCCCACCCAUGAAGUUUGGGAAUCCAGGAGAGCGUCUCCGCAAGAAGAAGUGGAACAUGGACGAGCUGCCAAAAUUUGAGAAGAAUUUCUAUACUGAACACCCUGAGAUCCAACACAUUAGUCAGUAUGAAAUGGAAGAGUAUCGCAGGAAGAAGGAGAUCACCAUCAGAGGCACUGGCUGUCCAAAAGCUGUCACCGCUUUCCACCAGGCGCAGUUUCCUCAGUAUGUGAUGGAUGUGCUGAUGCAGCAGAACUUUACGGAGCCCACAGCGAUCCAGUCUCAGGGCUUCCCUUUGGCCCUGAGCGGCAGGGACAUGGUGGGAAUCGCUCAGACUGGCUCUGGAAAGACACUGGCUUAUCUCCUCCCUGCUAUUGUGCACAUCAACCAUCAGGCCUAUCUGGAGAGGGGAGAUGGACCGAUUUGUCUGGUGCUGGCCCCGACCAGAGAGCUGGCUCAGCAGGUCCAGCAGGUUGCAUUCGACUAUGGCAAGACCUCUCGCAUCAAAACCACCUGUGUCUAUGGCGGAGCACCCAAAGGACCACAGAUAAGAGACCUCGAGAGGGGUGUUGAGAUCUGCAUCGCCACACCUGGCCGUCUCAUUGACUUCCUGGAGGGGGGGAAGACUAACCUGCGUCGCUGCACCUACCUCGUGCUGGAUGAGGCGGACCGCAUGUUGGACAUGGGCUUUGAGCCACAAAUUCGCAAGAUAGUUGAUCAAAUCAGGCCCGACAGACAGACGCUGAUGUGGAGUGCGACAUGGCCGAAGGACGUUCGGCAGCUUGCUGAGGACUUCCUGAGGGACUCUGUGCAGAUUAAUGUUGGCGCUCUGGAACUCAGCGCCAACCACAACAUCCUGCAGAUAGUUGAUGUCUGCAUGGAGACUGAAAAGGACCACAAACUUUUUCAGCUCAUGGAGGAAAUUAUGGCUGAAAAGGAAAACAAAACCAUCAUCUUUGUGGAGACCAAGAAGCGUUGUGAUGAUCUCACCAGGAGAAUGAGGCGGGACGGAUGGCCAGCUAUGUGUAUUCAUGGAGACAAGAGCCAGCCAGAAAGAGAUUGGGUUCUCACAGAAUUUCGUAGUGGAAAAGCUCCCAUACUGAUCGCUACUGAUGUUGCCUCUCGUGGUCUGGACGUGGAAGACAUCAAGUUCGUCAUCAACUACGAUUACCCAAACUCCUCUGAGGAUUACGUCCACCGCAUCGGACGUACAGCCCGCAGUACCAACAAGGGCACUGCCUACACCUUUUUCACCCCGGGGAACCUGCGGCAGGCCCGAGACCUUGUGCGGGUGUUGGCGGAGGCCCGACAGGCCAUCAACCCAAAACUGCUUCAAUUUGUGGAAUCAGGCCGUGGUGGAGGUGGAGGCGGUGGCAGAAUGCGUUACCGUGGCGGCAACUCCAGCAACCCCAACCUAAUGUUCCACGACGAGUGUGAGCGCCGCAUGCGUCCGGGUGGAGGCGGCGGCGGCAGCAGCAGCAAAGAUGGACGCAGCGGUUUCAGUCGUGACAACCGCAACAGCCGUGAUGGAGACCGCUCCAAUUCCUCCUCCUCUUCCUCCUUCAGGGACAGAGGUGAUCGCAGGAACAGCUUCAACUCGGGGUCAGAGCAGUACCAGAGUUACAGCGGCAGCAGUGGCUACAACUCCCGUCCCAACACCCAAUCAGCAGGCAGUGGAAGUCAGGAUCAGUCAGGUCAGCCGCAAGGUCAGUUUGGCCAGCCUCCCCCUCCUCCUGUGCCAACAGGGGGGCCACUGCCCCUCAUGGCGCAGCAGUUUGCUCUGCAACAGCCCCCGCUAUUGGGCUUCAUGGGGCAGCCGCCGUACCCUUUUGCCUCUCCGCCUCCUCCUCCAGGCCCUCAACCGCCCAGGAAGUAGAAUCAUGAAAGGAGGAAGCAGUGAGGUCAUUUGUGCUUCUUGGUGUGCUCACAGUGUAACUUUGUUUUUACUCUCCAACUCUUGGUAACUCCAAGAGAGCGAGGGAUUUGACAAAGGCUUAUACUGACGCAAGGGCUUAUAUUUUCUAUGUUUUGUACUUUUUAAUAAACCCAACAUGUGGAAUUUAUAUUUUCCUGUUGGACCUUUUUUCCCUUUAAUAUUCAUUUUCAGUUUGAUUGUCACUGUCCCAAGUCUGAUUCACGGAGGAACAACUUUACUGUCUCUGUAAUUUCAGCAUUUUGUCAUCGUUCGCUAGUCACAGCUGUGCCUUUCAUUGGCUGCGGAGGAAUUUGGUUGCAAUAACAACAAGCAUGUACAAGCCUCAGUGAACAUGUGUUUGAGUGCUGGUCUAUUGGUCAAAUCAUUUCUAAUAGAUCAUGUCACAUUCCAGUCAUGUUCUUCAUGUUCUGUUGGAGCAAGACUCGGGUUUUGUCUGGCGACAUACUUUCAUUUUUACAUUACUUUUCUGGUUUGUUUUAAGUGUCCAAGUGUCCAAAUGGGUGAAUCUUCUGCAGUAGUUUUGAUACAAUGCAAUUCACGUCUCUCUAGAUUUAGAUUUAAAUGCAUACAUUUACUGUUUCCUGUCCUGCAGCAAGUCAGAAUAAACAAAUGUACCCUUUA